AGUAAAUCGUGCGAAUCCUCUCAGAUAGUUCUUGUUUUUAGAAGAGAUACCUUUAAUACUAUUAUUAUUCUGGCUCUUUCUUCGUUGGUUGUGUAAGUAACCGAUCAGUACUGCGCCAUAAUUCAUCUUUCCAGCUCUUUUUCUUUCACGAGCGUUUUUUGUUUUGAUUUGCCCUACACCAUAUAUUCAAGGAUUAUUUUCUAACUCAUUUUUUUUUCCUUUUCUUUCUUCUCUCCGCGAACACCAUCACGGAGUCAACGCGAGGUAUCUUGCAUCCCUUUUUUCCCUUCUUCAUUUUUUCUUGCUCUGUCGCUUGUAACACACGUUGAGUGGAACCACCGCAGCAACAACAAAAACUAACAUCUAUUUUGUUUAUUUCCUUCUAUAACCUUCGACGACACGCAGUCCUUUCUCUUCUCUUUUUCUUUCCUCUGUAUCCGGUCGGAACGCAGCUCCACUUCACCUUCGUUUUAUUCAGGUCCUACAAAUUAAACUUGAAAAGGAAAGCAGAAGCGAUGCCCGGCCACCGUGAGCCAACGCACUCGGACCUCGAUGACGACCUCGAGCUGCAAGAGCUGCGCCGGCCUAGCAGCGGUGUCGCCCAGGCCACCACCGACAACGGGCAUGCGGUGAAAGGCACCGACCUCGCCGACGAUCUCUACUCCAGCGGCAGCAACAGCGACCUCGACGCGGCACCGAAGAAGGCCGAUAAAGAUGAAAAGACGAGUAAAGCGGAAGACACCACGCGCUCGCCCCCGGCCGGCUCCGAGGACAAGGACUACCCUUCCCAGCGGCAGCGCAAUAUCUUUGUGCGCGUGGUGCAGACGAUCAUCCCGAACGGCGGUCUCCUGUCCGGUGUGUUCAACUUGGCGAGUGUGACGCUCGGUGCGGGCAUCAUGUCGAUCCCGUCGUCCCUCAACACGUCCGGUCUGAUCAUGGGCAUCGUCUACCUGGUCAUCAUCACCGCACUGACCGUCUUCUCCAUCACGCUGCUUACACAGGCGAUGUUGAAGACGGGCAUCUACAGCUUCGAGCACCUCGCCCGGGCCAUGUUCGGCCGCGGCGGCGACAUCAUCGUGGCGGUGCUCAUGUGGCUGCUGUGCUUCGGCGGUGCCGUCGGCUAUUUGAUUGCGGUGGGCGACAUCUUCACCCAGAUCUUUGGCCACCCCGGUGUGCCGCACUUCCUGCAGACGGACCAGGGCCGCCGCUGCAUCGUCAGCGCGGUGUGGCUGUGCUUCAUGCUGCCGCUGGUACUGCCCAAGAAGAUCAACUCGCUGCGCUACGCCUCGGCUGCCGGGGUGUGCUUCAUCGUGCUCUUCGUGAUAUGCAUUAUCUGGCACUCUGCCAAGUACGGCCUCGCGAACGGCAUUCGCGAUGACCUCGUCAUGGUGAGCCACGGCAACGACGGGGUGUCUGGUCUGUCCAUCUUCAUGUUUUCCUACCUCUGUCAGGUGAACGUGGGGCGCAUCCUGGCAGAGGCGACCACCAAAACCACGUGGUCGCUCACCAUGCAGGCGAUUCUGAGCUGCGCGAUGUGCGGCACCCUGUACUUCCUGGCCGGCUUCUUCGGCUACGUGGAGUUCGGACCGGGCCUGAGCGGCAACAUCAUCAAAGAGUACAACCCCUACACGAGCCCAAUCUUCUUCGUCGUCUUUAUCGGUCUCAUCGUGAAGCUGUGCGCCGCCUUCUCGCUCAACAUGCUCGCCUGCCGCACCGCUCUCUUCAGCGUCGUGCACUGGGACGUCGAGACGAUGCCGUACUGGAAACACACCAUCGUCAGCGUCACCUUUGCCGUCGGUGCGCUCAUCCUCGGUCUUUUCGUGCCGGACAUCAACAUCGUCUUCGGCCUCGUCGGCUCCUUCUGCGGUGGCUUCAUCGCGUUUAUCUUCCCGGCCCUGUUCGUCAUGUACGCCGGCAACUGGAGCUUCACCACUGUGGGCGUGUGGUACUACCUUGCCACCUACUUCUUGCUGAUCUGCGGCGUCAUCGCCGUCGUCUUCGGCACGGGCAGCAGCAUCUACAGUGCCGUCAUGAAGUACAGCUAA